AUGACGCACGGAUUCUGUGGAUUUACACUUAUUCUCAUUUUAAUCCCUCUCACCACCGGGACACCUUUCCAACACGGCAGGCUCCAGGGCAACGUGUAUUCUGGCACAGACGCACGACAGAGAAACAAAAACUGGUGCGCCUACGUUGUGCACAGGAACGUGAGCUGUGCCGUCGUGGGAGGCACAGGGAGCUUCGUGCAGCCGGAGAUGUUCCCGUGUCCUCCGGAGAUGCCAGACUGUGCGCAACAAGUGAUAUACCGGACGCACUUCAGGCCCACGUAUAAGAUUGCAUACAAGACUGUCACCGAGCUGGAGUGGAGGUGCUGCCCAGCGUACCAGGGCCAUGACUGCAUGGAGGUGAAAGACUUCAGGAUGCUCCAAGUAGAGAAUUUGCCUCAUGCACCGUCCACUGGACAUAUUCCAGUGCCACAAGCUCCAGAACAUCCAACAGACGGACAGAGAAAUCAUCCAUGGGUAGGGGAGGGGCACUUUGGAGGUCAAACAGUUCAGAGACCACUCGGGGGUCACAGAGGAUCUCAAAGUGCUCAACACCUGGAGGAGGAGGUGCAGCAACUGUCCCAGAUGGUCCUUGACAUGCAGGCAAGAAUGACAGACAUGACCUCCAAUCUGAGGCUGGACUUCCAGGAGGACGCCAGUAAAAUGCUCAUCACGCUGCUGAAUAACGUCCGACAGCCUGCAGGUGCACGAGGCGCCGAAACCCAAGCCUUCCAGUUGCAGGACAUAUCCUACCAAGAGAUAACGCCUAUGGAUGAAGUUAUGAACAAGAUCACCCAGGUCAAAGACGAUCUAGCGUCUAAGACCAAUACCCUGGAUGACGUGCUGGGCCGCGUCGACCGCCAUGAUGGACAGAUUCGUCUGCUGAUGGAGGCAGGUCAGAAUCCAUCGUCUUCACCUCCUCCUCCUCCCCCAGCUAGAGAUCCAGACCUGCGUGCCUACCUGGAUUCUAAGAUCCAUGCUCUAAGAGAGGAGUUGAUGGAAGGCAUGGAAAUCAAACUUGCAGACAUGAAGAAUGCUUGUGAUUAUAAAAUCAUGUCGGUUCGGGAGCAAUGUGAGGGAACAGAGGCCAAUUACCUGAGCCUGGCUGAGCUCAUGGACUCGAAGGAAACUGACCUUCGACAGGAGAUCAAGGACCUUAAAACCAAGCUGGAAUAUCCAGAAAAAGAAGGCACUCGUGUAUCUGACUCUGUUCUCGCUCGUGUAGAAAACCUUGAGAUCCAUCUGAACUCCUCUCAGAAGACUGUGACAGAGCAGUGCCUCUCGAUGGAGGAAAAGCAGAGGGAAGAGCGGGCAGAGGCCAUCAAAGACUUGAGGGGGACUCUGGAGGACAAGCUGGCCACUAUAGAAGAUCAACUCACCACACUGUUGGUAGAUAUAAGCACCAACUCCCAUUCAGGGAUUCAGCCAGUGAGUCAGGACGCACAGCAGAGGGACAUGAACUCUCUAAAGAGCUCUGUUCAGACUCUGGAGGAUAGACUCAACAUCUUGGACCAGUUACAGUCCAAUGAGCCCAAGGCUAAUUUUGCUGUUGCAGAAAACCUUCAGCAAGAUUUCCAGAGCUGCAAAGCUGCUAUUGAUGCUAUGGAGAUGAGUCUAGAUGUCAAGUUAAAUGGCCUCGGAGCCAUUGAGGGACAACUCGUCAACUACAGCUCUCACAUUGAGAAUGCGCACAACGAGCUGAGCUCAAUGAGAAGCCGCUUGGGGAUAUUGGAGGACUCCUUAUCAGAUGUAGUCAAUCAGCAGUCCCUGACCUCGCAGAGCCUCAACUCCACCUGGGGUCAAGUUAAAACCGGAGCUGAGCAGGAGCUCAAGGACCUUUCAGAGCUCCACAGAACACAGCAUCAGGAGCUCAGAGAGCGGCUGGAUGGGCUGAGCACGGAGGUGAAAGCCGAGGCCGAAGAGUGCAGGGGAAAAACUGAAGACGUCGGUAAGGAGAUUGCCCACAUGGACAGCCGCAUUGUUAGCAUGGAGGAUUUAUGCGGCAAGCUGGAUCCGAUCUCUGCUAGCCUCCAGAGAAUCAAAGAGGGGCUGAAUAAGCACGUCACUGCGUUGUGGACCUGUGUCCACCAGCUGAACGGCACAGUCAGAGCUCAGACAAAAGAUAUUGGAGGAGUGAGGGGAACUUGCUUGAAUCUCCAGAGCCACAUCGCAAACAUAGCCAGAGACCUUCAGACGCUAACGGACAACGACUCUGAGAAGACAGGUGUUCAGGUCGCAGUAGACAACGCUGGACUUUCCCAGGGUUCAAGUGAAGGCCUUGUGGUCCCUGUGGUCCCCGUGGACGCCUCUCUCCCUCAGCCACCUGUGAUGGAGACCGGAGAGGCAGGUCCCCCCGGCAAGAUGACCUCGUCCAAGUUGCCCCCGGGGACCAGCGGCAGCCUGAUGCCUGUUCAGGGCUUUGCUGGAGCUCCAGCUUCUGCAGUCAAAUCCACGGACUCGGUAUUGACCAGCUUGCCACACCUCCCAGAUGUGAACCUGCCCCACGGACCCUCACCACAGGAACCUGCCACGAGAUCAGGUGAGGUGUCAUUCUCAGCCGGUCUGACUCUUCCAUCGUUCCAAGGAGAGGUCGGAGUCAUUCGAUUCAACAAGGUGUUGGUCAAUGACGGAGGACACUACGACCCUCACACAGGCGUCUUCACCGCUCCCACAGACGGACGCUACCUGGUCAGUGCCGUGCUCGCAGCCCAGCGAGGUGAGAAGGUCGAGGCCGUCCUCUCGGUGUCCAAUCGCAGCAUCCAGAGGUUGGACUCCACGGGUUUCCUGUCCGGAGCGGCCGUGCCGACGUCCCACCAACAGUGUAACUGCAGCAGUCCGACCUCGCUGAGUCUGGUCCUCUCCCUGAAGAGAGGAGACAGAGCGGGACUCGUCCUGACGGCCGGGAAGCUCGCCACCUCGGCCUCCUCCUCCUCUGAGAUCCUGUCGUCUUUCAGCGCCGUGCUUCUUUACCCCAGCCCGUCAAAACGGUAGCCCCGCCACUUCCAGAGAAGAGACAUCUGAGACCUUAUAUAAGCCAUAAACACAGUGCGGUGUGUAUUAUCGAGGGAAAGACAAAUUAUUUAGCAACAACGGAAGUAAGAGAUUAUUUCUAUCAUGAGUACUAAUAUAUAGUGCAUUUAUAUUAAAGUGAAAUUGUAUUUUAUAUUGUUAGGGUUUGUUUACAGCCUAAACCAACCAAAUACAAAUAUUUAAUUAAACACAAUACGUGUUACUUUCUUCUUUAAAGUUUUUUUAUGACCGUAAAAGUUCCUCAAAGUUAUAAAACAGAAGUCAGACAUCCGCACAAUAUGUCCAUGACAUCAAAGUGCUCCACAUUUUCAUAAUAGACAUCCAGUGUCUAGUCAUGCACCCCCCUAACAACGCCAGGUAAAGUGAGAGAGGAGGCCGACAUUUUCUACUUGGAAGCGUUGGUCCAAUCACAACAGAGCGAGACAGCUGGCCAAUCAGAGCAGACUAGGCUUCAGCGGGAGGGAGGGGCUCAAAGAGACAGGAGCGUAUUAUAUCUCCUUUAAUAUAAAAAAACAGAGUUACUUGUACCUAAAUAAUUACUUAUGUAUGGAAAAAAUCUGUUGGUAAAUAAGUUUAGCAAAAUAAAGUUUUAGCUUUUCUGAAAGAAUCAUUCAACAAAAUACUUUUUAUUGAACACUUUUACUGUGACAACACUUGACACAAACAAUCAUCUAUAAGUUUGACACAUUGGAUCAACACAAGGUAGAAACAUCAGCAGGAAACACAUCCAGCAGCAGCAGCAGCAAAAGUUCUUCAUUGUAAAGUUUCACAAAGUAAAACUAAAGAGUCAAUACAGUGUGUUCCUGUCACACAAGGUUUAUCACUUUCAUAGAAAGAAGGCAUUCAUUUAACCAGCAGCUGUUACCGGGCAUGGAAAGAAAAUUGACAGAACAUUAAUAUCAUACUGCAGCUCUCACAAGUCCGGCAGAAACUUCUCAAAGAUCAGUUCCAGAAUUUGUCAAAAACUGUUUUUCUUGAUGUAAAACUUCAACUAGCAGCAGAAGCCUCUACAGUUCAAAAAGUGCUUUUCUCCUCCAGAUUCUACAAAAUCUCACCUGUGAAAAAUAAUUUCACAUGUCUCCUUAAGCAUCAUAUUGCAAAAUCCUAAAGAUCUGGAGCAGAGAUAUAUGAUUCAUAUACAGUAAAUAACCAUCACAGAGCAAAUAAGGCCUUUAAUGGAUCGUCUAGGGCAAUAAAUACUCCAUGUACUGGAUGUUUGGUUCCUAAGUCAGGCAGAAAAUGUUCCACUUCAGUCAAGUACUUCAAUUUCAUACUGAUCACAUUUUAAAUUAAGUUUAACCUCCACUGACUAAAUAAGUGCUUGAGUCGGUGUGCGGAGGAGAGACUGGAGUCGGGAUUCAGUCAGUUGGUAGUCAGUGCAUACAGAUGUGUAAAAUAGAUCACAGCUCGGCUCAGUUGAUUUCAAGUAACGAAUCAAUAGCAUUAGCACCGGUCUGAGUUACAGCAGCUCCUCUAAACGCAGCUCGCCGAUCGGCUGCCUCCAGUAGCAGAAGGAGCUGAACUCUGGGCAGCUGAAGGUGGCGCUGUGCUCGGAGCUGCGCAGAGGAAACACGUGCUCCACCAGCUCGCUCAGCCGACUGUAACUACACGGAAACAACAACAAAGCAAAAAAUGAAUAAAUACUGAAACAAAAACACGGACUCCAGUUGUGAUUCGGUACUUACGAUGUUUUAUUUCCUUUGGCUUGCUCGAGGAUUAACUCCCCUCUGGGAUUCACAGUGAAUAUCCGGCACACGGGCACACCCACCUGCUUGUAGGCAAAGACGUCCUAAGAACAGGAAGAAGAAAAAAGACAAUAAGGAUCAUUUUUCAUUGUGGUUCCUUCACUUUUAAUAAAAUAUAAUCCGUAGAGGGAAAGAGGAAAAAAUGAUUGAACAUUUACACUGUCUCUGUUUCCGAAGGCUGCGUAGAAGGGAUGCUUGUUUGGGAAGAACAGGUUCUUGAUGUCGGUGAGACAUUCGAUCUUGAACUUCUCAGGCUUCUUCUCUAUGACCUCUCUGACAAGGGAAUUACAGAUAAGGUGUUACAGACUCUGACAGCUUCAUUUGAGUGGGUGGGAAUUAUAAACCUCCACAAAAUAACCAUAAU